AUGCAUCAGUGGGCCUCCAUUGCCGCCGCCGUUGGGCUGCUGGCCAACGGUGCCGUUGCACAAAACAUGCUGCGAUUUGCCUGUUCACAGCUGGUCGUCGACCGAGUCGACCCCCUGGUCAACCCCGGCAUGCGGUACACCCCACAUCUGCACCAGAUUGUGGGCGGCAACUCGUUCAACCUGACCAUGACCCCCGUCGAGUAUGACCUUGCGGCGCGGUCGACAUGCACCUCGUGCAGCUUCGUCCAGGAUCUGUCCAACUACUGGACCGCAGUCAUGUUCUUCAAGGCCAAAAACGGCAGCUAUCACCGCGUGCCCCAGGUUGGCAACGGCGGUCCCCAGGGCCGUCUCAUCAACGACGGCGGUCUCGAUGUCUACUACAUCCCCUCGGGCAGAGUUCAGGCCUUCAAGCCCGGUUUCCGUAUGCUUGCGGGCAACGCUGCGAACACCGACGACAGCAAGGUUGCCAAGGCCAACAUCUGCCACCGCUGCUGGACGUCGACAUCCGACACCCCCUUCGUUGGCGGUGCUCCUUGCACCGGCUCCGACACUGUCGGCAUUCCUCAAGACACCAAGUGCAAGAUGAUCCGCCAGACCAUCAUCUUCCCCACAUGCUGGGACGGCCGCAACCUCGACUCGCCCGACCACAAGUCCCACGUCGCCUACGGCGCGGGCUCUGGUGCCAACGGUGGCGGUGCCUGCCCGAGCAGCCAUCCCGUCAAGCUCCCGCAGGUCAUGUACGAGCUUAUGUGGGACGUAUCCAAGUUCACCGACCGGAGCAUCUGGCCCGACGAUGGCAAGCCGUUUGUGUACAGCAUGAACCUUGGUGGCUCGGCUGCCCACGGCGACUACGUCUUUGGCUGGAAGGGCGAUGUCCUCCAGAGGGCCAUGGACAGCGGCUGCAACCUGAACCGCGACUGCCCGGCUGCCGGCCUCACCUCGCAGCCGCCCGAGAAGUACAACGCUUGCAAGAUCAAGCAACAAGCCCCCGAGCCCGUCGACGGCUGGCUCAAGGCUAUGCCCAUGGGCGAGAUGGCCAUCAAGGCCUAA